ACUACAUGUGCACACAGGGGGGAAGACCUGGUCGCUUCCAACACGCCACCAGCGGAGGAGGCGUGGAGUGACAGCUGACAGCUUCUUCCUGCUCAGGAAGUAGGUCAAGGCAUGUUGACAAGGCGGACGCGGGACAGAGCUGGGUAGCAGCUGCUGCCUGAAGUUCAGCAGGGGUUGGUGGUUCAGAGAUUUAGCAGAGAGGUGGCAGCGCUCGAACGGCACGACCGACAUGAGCGGCGAAGAAGAAGCCAGUUUUGAUCCAAGAGAGCACCAGCACCUGCGUUAUAACCCUCUGCGGGACAGCUGGGUCCUGGUGUCGGCCCACCGCAUGAAGAGACCCUGGGCAGGUCAGGUAGAAAAACCUCCUGAGGAGCACAUUCCCAGACAUGACCCCUGCAACCCACUCUGUCCUGGGAACACACGUGCAAAUGGAGAGGUAAAUCCAGACUACGACAGCACCUUUGUUUUUGAAAAUGACUUCCCUGCUCUUCAGCCAGAUGCUCCAGACCCAGGUUCGUAUCAGCACCCGUUGUUCCAGUUUAAAGCUGCCAGGGGCGUCUGUAAGGUCAUGUGUUUCCAUCCCUGGUCUGACGUCACCGUCCCUCUCAUGAAAAAACAUGAGGUUGUCAAGGUGAUUGACAAGUGGACAGAGCUUGUUGACGAACUAGGCACUACCUACCCUUGGGUUCAGAUAUUUGAGAAUAAAGGAGCCAUGAUGGGUUGUUCAAAUCCCCAUCCUCACUGUCAGGUGUGGGCCAGCAACUUCCUGCCUAAUGAGCCAGCUCUUUCAGACCGCUGUCAGAGAGCCUACUAUCAGAAACAUGGAGAGCCGCUGCUGCUACAAUACGCCAAGCAAGAGGCUGAGAAAAAGGACCGUGUGGUGGUGGAGAGUUCUGAUUGGCUGGCGGUGGUUCCAUAUUGGGCAACAUGGCCCUACCAGACGCUGCUGUUACCAAGACGACACAUCCUCAGAAUCAGCGAUCUGACAACAGAUGAGAGGGAGGGUCUGGCUGACAUUAUGAAGCGACUGCUGACCAAAUAUGACAAUCUUUUUGAAGUCUCUUUCCCCUACUCCAUGGGCUGGCACGGAGCCCCUACUGGCCCCUAUUUAAAGGAAGACAACUCCCACUGGCAGCUGCAUGCUCACUACUACCCUCCGCUGCUGCGUUCAGCUUCAGUUAAGAAGUUUAUGGUCGGGUAUGAGAUGCUCGCCCAGGAGCAGAGAGACCUCACCCCUGAACAGGCUGCUGAGAAGCUGAGAAACCUGCCAGAAGAGCACUAUAAAACCAGAGAGAACCCUGACAAAGGAGGAAGAGAAGAUAAAGACGUUGGAGGGAAAUAGAGGUCAAAGUGAAACAACUUGUGUGACUGAUAGAAGAGUGGGAGGAAAUACACAAUUGGGAACCCAGCUUUAUUUUAAUUACAGUAUACAUUUUGGAAAUAUUUUUUGGUUUCAUUGCCUCUGUUUUAGAAGUACAGUGAAAACAAAAUUAAAUUUUUUUCAAGAGCCUCUACCAACACAGACUUAAACAUAUUCUUAUUUGCACAGUGUACGGUACACAGUAUGUAUAUUUUUAAAAUAUAUUUCUGUGUACACAAAGCACGUACUGGGCUCCUUACUGUACUUAUGAAAUGGACUUAAAACAAAAUGCGCUAUGGAUCCCCGCCUCCAUGUUUUGGGGAGAUAAUGAAAGAACAUUCUUCUUUUCUUCCCUGCUGUCACUUCUGUUGAAUUUAAACAAACUUUGCUUGUGGUUUGGCUGUGUUGCAAAGCUUUCAACCACAAAGCGUUUUCUUCCAACAACACAAUUAGUUAUUUGUGAUUCAAAUGAAUGUCUUUGUUUCUUGUAAACUUUUUUACAUGGAAAACAAUUCUUGAAUUGGUUAACUGUCAGCUUUCAGGCUCAAAAGGUUUGAGAUUAUGUAACGCUUAUUUUUGUAUAGAAAAUAAAUGAUCAAACAGACAUUCAAGGGCAUAUUAUUCUGAAUAAACAUCACUUCAUUCAUGCACUCU